AUGAGCGGGAAACCCAUCGAGGGGGUGGCAGCCGCCAUCACAAAAGCGAGCGAGGACGCCGUUGAGAAGCAGCUCAAGCAUGUCGAGGAGCGGCUGGUUGCUUCUGUCAUGAAGGGUAUUAAGAAAGCCAUCAAGGAGGACUUGUUCUACUCCACCCUCUCGCCCGAGAGCAUGAAGGAGCUGAACGAAAUUGUAAGAGAAGGCUACAAAGAAGCUGAAUCUGGGAGAUUGGAAGUCCUCACCGAAGCGAUGGCGAGAGGGUUUCAGCGAUCGGCGGGCCCGUCGACGAGGUCGCGUCAGGAGGGUGUGGCUGGUGUUCGCAACGGGGCCGAGGCUCGAGUUCAAGAGGUUCCUCCUUCUUCGUCGGUGGUAGGACAUGUCGGCAGCCCGGUAUCAUCCCCACAGGCACGUGCCCGUCAUCCCGUCGCCAAGUCCGUCGAGGGCAACGAGGUCAUCGUACUCGACCAGACGCCCCAGACAAAGACCUCCGAAGCGGCACCGAAGCCUCCGCCUGAUGCUUUUGCUCCACUGCGGGACAUGCUGCAUGGCCUCGAAAAAAAGGCUGGGAAAGGAGUGGUUACGAGGGAGAAAAGCGGUGCCCCAAUCGAGUUCGUCGCCUCAGCCAGGAAAAGUGGCGUGGGAAAGCGAGUUGCGCCUAUCCCGUCUGGCGGCGCUGCAGGGAAAGGAGCGGAGGAGACUUGGGUUUGCAGCUGCAAGGGGGGGUGUGCUGGCGAGGCUGCUGAAAUGAUCAAGAAGCUCAAAGUGACAGUGGAGAUGCUGGUGCAGCAGUUGAAGCAGGUCAACGCUCGACUAGCAGCAGCCGAAAAAAGAAAUGUGUUCGGUGCUGAUGAGAAAAAAGGUGCAGAUAUCACGGGGAGCAUAGUUGAGACUGCUGCUGAAGACAAGGAGAAAGAAGUUACCAAGAGUGACACUCGUGAGGAGCAGAAAUACAAGGCUAUGGUGCAGCGGAAGGAUGCUGCUAAGAAGGAGAAAUCUUUGGUGCUAAAUGUGGGAGUUUAUGCAGCUGAUGAGGCUAAGGAGAUUGGUGAACCCAAGGUGAAGCAGGGCGUGAAGGAAGCAGAGAUUGCGGGCGAGCAGAUGAGUGCAUUCCCUAAAAUUGGAGUUGGGAUAAGCUAUGCGGCGGCGCUGGUGAAAGGCAAACGCAAAGAGUUAGUUCAGGAGGGAAAGCAGUUUGGCAAGGAUAUGAAUACUCCUAUGCCAAUGACGGAAGCAGUGAAGGGAGCAAUAAUUUCUAGUGAUGUCGUGGCUGGAUUCGAAUAG